UCAUGGUGCCGGAUCCAUGUGCGUCACAUCGGCCAGUCACGUCCAUUUUGCCCUUCUUUCUAGCCAGCAAGAGCAAGCAAAUCGCCAGCGCAAACACCACCAACCAAAAUGGCGCAAGACGACCGCCGGGGGCACGGGUUUUCUUCCGCGAGCGCGAAGAAAAGGCGGCGUGCUUUAUGAGAAUUUUAAAAAUAAAAUUCAUUCAUAAAAGCGUCGAACCGGCUGACAAAUCGAUGGACCGACGGACUCGUCGUGGUAGUGGUUGUGCUUUUGGUUGGUCGCUAUUAGGUCAGUUGCGCGGAUUAUUUCGAAACUGAUUCGAAAUCUGAAGGGGGAUGCGUUCUUGCAGUGGGCAGCAUGCUUUCGGACUCAAACUGGUCGGCUUCAAUGCUUCAUCCACUCAAAUCAUCCAAACACAUCACCGUGCACGCGUGCAAAGGACACGACAGCUCUUAUUCAUGGCUCUACCCUAACCCAUAACCGUAGCAAACUAGGGUGUAGAGUGUGGAGUUCGUCUGUAAUAAUGAACGGUGGUAGUAGUAGAGUAUAAGCGACACUGGGCACAGAAAAACAGGCAAGCGGGCUAGGCUAGAAAGUCGCAAAAGCGAAGUUGCGAAGAAAAUCGAUCAAACCCCAGCGGACAGAGACAAAAAGCAUAGUUUAAAACUCAAGAUUUCGAGUAGGAUUUAAUUUCCAGUAUUAUCUAGUCGUGCAUUAUAGCGUUGUAAAAAGGCAAACAUGGUGGCAAAACCGAAAACGGGAAACGUGGGGAUACACCUUGCACACUUUGCUGUCGAAAUCAUGAAGAUCGCAACGAUAGGCAAGAGCUAAGAAUGAAAUUUUAGCAUUAAUGAGGGGCGCAUGUUCACAGCAUGCGUGCAUAUGUUAACAUUUGUAUUUACAAGCAGGAAUCGCGAUACACUCCUUUAACCACACGGAGAACGAGAUAGAGAAUGAGAGAUUCCUUUAUUUUGUGCUUUGUGGAGGGAGUCACUAUCCUUCUUCUUACGCGGGUCAGCAGCAGCGAACGACGCGUUGCGAACGAUCAUGUUAAAAAUAUUAUCUUAUCGUAAGCGUACACAAGUAAUAGUCGCGCGAAUGGGGCAACAGCGAAUCAUCCCCGAUGAUCCGCAAAUGCUCGCGAAAAGAACAAAAGAACGAAUUGAUUGGAGUAGGAUGAGGAAAGAAGGAAGCAGAUGGAGAACAAUUGUAGUAUAGUAGCACUAAGAGAGAAGAGAACAAAUAAAUUAUUUAGCUAACAAGCAACACAAUGAUAAUGAUGAGCGAAUCAAGAUGAGACAAGAGAGAGAAAAAACACGAAGACCAUAAAGAAACAACACACGAACACAGAACAUGCAAAUUCAUUCAGACCGGAGCACAUAUUUAUAGAAAGAAAUCGAAUUCAAUUGGGCUGCUUGAUUGAUGUACGUGUACAGGAGAAGAGGAUUCGUACCGACUACACGAAACAUGCCAAAUAAUCCGCAAAAAACUAUGUACGGCACAGAGGAACAUGGAAAUACGGAUACACACUACUGUUGCGUUUUCUAUGUCAGCAAUCAACGCGACACUUCCUCUUAUGCCUUGUUAUGUGCGCUUAGCAAUCGUUUCGCUUCUUCUUUUUCUUCUACAACUUCCACUUUUCCUUAUGUUUUCCUUCUUCUUUGUGCUCCCCGUCAACUGGGGUCUAGAUGUCCCAACAUAUGUACCCAAAAUGAAUCCAGUGUCCGAAAAUUGUAACCUUACACCGUAACGACGAAGAGCUGGUAGAGAAAUGAAACUUGCUUGCUAGACAUCCUUCACUAGCUCCAUCCAGCUAGACAAACAUUUUGGGCCUUCUCUUUAAAAGUAGAUGUAGUCAAUAGAUAAGCGACAGAGUGGGAUGGCAAUUGAAGAAUAAACGAAAAAAAGGGAAAACUUAUCACUCGAACAAAUUUUGCGCGAUCUGGCUGAAAUAUACGGAUACCUGAUAGAGAAUGCAACUUAAUUGAACUGAGUACUAGCAAAAACGGGAAUAUGUUCCUUGUUUUCACAAUCUGAUAAAUAGAUACGAAGGAGGGCAUAAAAGAUUUUAAAAAAUGAAAAAAAAACACAGAAUUGGAGAGAACCGAAAUUGUUAAGUGUUUGCAUAGAUAGGGCUGACUGGAAUCAUAUAAGAAAGAGAACGAGGGCGAAAAUAGAUAACAAUAUAGUUUCCUUUUUGAAAUUAUUUACAAACAAAUUGGCAAAACAAAGAUAAGGGCAGCGGUACAACGACUACACAAGGUCACAAAACUAAAUUGAAGGGAAAAAAUAAUCCGUUCCACUGUACAACACGUGGCGAAACAUGCACUAGUAAGUAUAAAUAUACGUUAAAAGUAAACUGAAAUGGUCCUAAAUAAAGAGACAAAUUGGCAAAAACAAGAAAACCAAUAUAGAAUCAUUCUUACACAAAGCUACAAGCUAAGUAAACAGUAAAAUUCACAAGACCGACACAAAACAACCGACAAGUCUGCGCCAUCAAAAGCAAAAUAAAGAGAAAAUAGUUUGAAACGAUCAUAAGAGUGAAUGUCGCAAGUUGAUAAAGGCAGAAGCAGAGUGAGUGCGGACGGUAAGCCAUCGGAAGGUGCGCGGUGAAAAGAGAAGCAACAACAAGCAGUAUGUAGUCGAUAGGGAACUGAAGCGGGAAACGAAGAAGACUUUUAGAAGCAAAACUAUAUUUUGCGCUUUAAGAAAAGGUAAACGGGAAGCAUUAAACAAUAGAAAGAAUGUUUGUUUGUAAACAGAAAUGGAUGUGAUGAGAGGAAUGUAGAAGCGUACAGUUAAAACAAAAACUUAAUGAAAAAAACAAAAAUGAAAAUGCAUAAAGGAAACAGCUGGAUGGCGCAACGAUGCAAACGAGCAUUUUAGCGGGGAGCAAACAGAUAUAAAAACAUAUUCUAAAUCCUCAAAGUUAUCAAGAAAUCAAAGAAACUAUCACCACUACGCACUGAUCAUUGUCCAUAAAACAACACCUGAACAGAACGCACGCGCUAUAGAAACGAAGGGGCGAAAAAUCACGAAAUCCGAUCGUACUGGGAUGUCCGGACGAACUGAAAAACACUCAGCCACAAAGCAACGCUCGUUCUAAUGUGGCCAUCGAUUUGCGAAGAAAAAGGGGGAGCGGUAGCGGCGCAACAAAGUGUGUUUGAACGUAACUACAACAAGCCUGAGUGUAAAAUGUUCUCAUCCAUCAGAAAACACCAAUGAACUAAGAUUACUAUUGCUAUUAAUAUAACUAUCAUUAUGAAUAUUAUAUUAUAAUAUUAUUAUUAUAAUUAUCAUUAUUAUUAUUGCUGCUAUUAUUAUAUUAUUAUACUAUUGUAUUGCACGCUAGAGGCGCGGAUCAGUAGCUAAUGCCUAGCGCACCGGGAAGAGAGAAAAAGAAAGAGAGAUGCGAACUAACAUGGGAAUGAACGAAAACGAUCCAGCCUAAAACAAAGAUAUACAAACCUAAGGAUUGUUGCUGGGGACUUGGAAUAGGACAGGAGGAAAGAUUAUAGAAAAUAAAAUGGUUCUUAAAGAAAACCGUAAGCAGAAUAUCAGAUGGCAGAUGAUUAUUUUUAUAAAAUCUCCGAAUCUAUAAAAAUAGAUUUCAAACAAGUGAAAGCACAGCAAAACGAUAUGUUAAACGAUUGGCAAAUGGUGAAAUGUUCCAAAACGAAGUGGAUCGCAGCUCGCUCACUAGACACUCUCUGCGUCUGCUGAAAGAUACAUCCAAUCAACUUCAUUGGGAACUAAAAAUCAGGCAAAAAACAACAGUAAAAGCAAGCCGAAAGCAGCAUGAAAGAACAGAACAGAAUGAAUGAACUAAACAAAGCAUAAAAGUCUGCUAAUAACCCUAAAUCAACUGAAAAGUGAAAAGCAAACCAACCGUGUGCGCUGGUGUAACGAGGGAACGCAAUCGAAAAGUAUCCUAGCUAACAGUAGCGCAAGCAAGUUCAAUUAGUGAGCAGUGCAGGGCAGUAAGGCGGAGAGCUAUUAGGUAGCGGCCAGGAGAGCGACGGAGCGGACGGAAUGAAACCAUUUAUGUCGAACGAUUUUAUAUUAACACCGUUGUACAUUGUUGUAUAUAUUAUAUUAUUUCUUUUUAUUUUUUGGAAAACGUGUAAUUAUUAUCUAAUGUUUAAAAUAAUAACAUAAUGACCAAUUUAAAAACAAAACA